CCAAAGCAAGUGUGUCCCAACAAAACUGAUCAAACCAUGGCUUCUCUGGCUAGCUUAGCUGUUGUUCAACCCUCUACUGUCAAUGGCCUUGCUGGAUCUUCCCUUACCGGAACCAAACUCUCUUUCAAGCCCUCUCGCCAGAGUUUCAGGCCCAACAAUUUCAGGAGUGGCGCUGUGGUAGCAAAGUAUGGUGACAAGAGUGUGUACUUUGAUUUGGAGGACAUAGGCAACACUACUGGUCAGUGGGACUUGUACGGUUCCGAUGCACCUUCACCCUACAAUCCUCUACAGAGCAAGUUCUUUGAGACAUUUGCGGCUCCAUUCACAAAGAGGGGAUUGUUGCUAAAGUUUUUGAUCCUGGGAGGUGGUUCCACCCUGGCAUACUUCAGUGCCACAGCUUCAGGUGACAUUCUACCAAUCAAGAAGGGUCCACAACUUCCACCAAAGCUAGGUCCCCGUGGCAAGAUCUAAUUUAGUUUCUCAAUUUCAUCUGUUAAGCUCCAUUCCCCCCCUCUUCUUUUGAAUUGAACGUGUAUAUCUCUGCUUGCAAUGGCAUAUAAUGUGUAAGUACGUCUAAAGCCUACUUCUAUUAAAUGAUGUUUAUUUCUGCUCCAAUA